AUGUCACUCGACGGAGACCACGCUACUCCGUCGGCACGUGCAUCCAUGGAUACCACUGUCAACAUCAAUGAAGACGUGGCAAGUGAGCGGUCCACAGAACUGGCUAGAAAGCCUCCAACUGAAUCGGUGUACCUGAACUUCCGUGGGUCUACCGGUGAAGACAGCAUUAUUCUGGCCUUUAACAUACUCAAAUUUGGUCUGGGUGAGGAGGAGGCUGCUCCAGAUGCAUUCCUGCCGUUGGGGCCCAACUCAAUCUUUGAACUCACCCUGGCUUCUGAUGUGGCCAGAGUCAAGCUGAACAAGCCGUUGAAGACCUACCUUCUGGUCAAUGGCGGUGCAAACACAAUCUACAACUUAACCAAGCCUACGUCAAAAGAUAUCCCACAGAUCCAGCUCCAAUCGCUCAAGCAUAAGGUGUCAUCAAAGAGAAUGAGCCAAGAGUUAGUCAAGGACAUGAUCGCAGACUACAAAAGCUUCGAGCAGACCAAUCGGCAUUUAACUGAGGACGUUUUGAGUAAGCUUGGAGGAUCCACACCUGAUCAUUCCUCCGACCACAUAGAUGAUGAAGAUUCGCAAAUACCAUCAGUGUUCGAGAAUCCCGACUUCCACCUAGACGACCCAAGAAUCUUUCGCCAAGUGAUGGAGAACUCUCAGAUAUUGCCUGAUCCAGACUCCCAUGAUAGCACCCACAUUGUACAUAACACAGAGGUCCAGGAAAAGCUCUCUCAAUAUUUAGAUAGAGUGGAGGUGGAGCUUAUUCAGGAGAUUUCCAAAACAUCGGACUCUUUCUUCAGCACCUUGGGAGAAAUUCAAAGCAUCAAGGCCCAGUCAGCAGAAUGCAUCGAUCAAUUCCACAACAUACAAACAAAGCUUGGAAGCAUAGAGGAAGACCAAGCCAAAUGUGGCUUGAAGAUUUUGGAUUUGCUCGACGAACGCCAAAAUGUGUGCCACCUCGAAUCAUCUGUCCUUCAGUUGAAGGAGGUGGUGAGCUGGUUUCAAAAGGCUGAAAAGAUGUUCUCGGAAGGUAGGCACAGCGAAUGUCUUGAUAGUAUAUUAACUAUCGAGCAUCUCAUCAACGGUACCACUCGUGAGGACUAUCCUGAUCCUGACACCUUCAAACUUUAUCCUUCGUUUGAUUAUCCAUUAGUCGAUCUUACUAGAGUUCCUGCCCUUACUUCAAUCAAGAACAAAUUGAAUCAGUUGAAGCUGGCAUGCAGCAAGGGUUACAUCGAGUCGUUCGUGAAUUUGCUUCUAGAGGAUCUCAGGUCCCAUUACAAUCUGGUUACACCAAAGGAUACUAUGAAUCGUAUCUAUAUCUCAAUUGAUUCUAGCAAAACAUUUGGCACCUCGCUGAAUACUUCAUACACAAAAGUUCCUACAGAAGUCAAGGAACAGCUAAUUAUCUUCAUCAAAAAUCUAUACAAGUCGAGUCACUUGGUUGAAGCGUUUGGCGAUUACCAGAAUAAGAUCAUCACAGAAGUCAAAGCGAUCAUCAGAGCGCAUUUACCGCUGGCCCUGAGCAAACUUGAUCCUAUGCAACUUGAAGCUCUGUCAAAUCCUGAGUCCAGAGACUCUUCAGUACCACCUGAUGCAUCUCAGACUGCCGAAUCGACAGCUAUGGCAAGCAAUUCUUUAUCAUCAAAUAUCAAAGGUCUUUCACACGAAGAGUAUGUUCUUAUGAUGAAGACCAUCUUUGCCAGCUUGUCUGAAUGCUUACGAAGACUCACUAUUCAUCAGAAGCUUUUAUUGGAUUUGUCGCUCUCUUCGCUCUCCUCGAAUGACACACUUGAUGUCAUGUCUUUGGACAUUACGAAUGCAAUUAACAGAGCAAUCGAAUUGACUCAGGUUCGUUUGGUAAAGAUUUCGAACGUGCGUCUGGAGCAACUUUGUGACUCUUCGAUUGAGGAAUACCUCAAGCUCUUCUCCUAUUCUUCAGCAUACCUACUGGAGUGCGAGUUCAUCAAUCCUGGCUACAAUGCAACUGGUCCUGGAAGUUCUUUCAAUGACUGGGUCAAAAACCAUGUCGGCUACUACAUACAUCGCUUCCAUCUGAGCUCCAUCAAACGCUUUGUCGCCAAUUGUGAUAAAGAGACCUGGAAGGAGUUUACUAAUUCGGAUGCUUUAGCCAUUGCUCAAAGUUAUUUGGAUGAGGUGCUUGAAUACAGUAAGUACCACGAAACAGACGGUCAGAAAGGUUCCAAUGGCAAGCAUUGGUCUAACCUACUAGUCUUUUAUGAAAAGGAUACCUCAUCAGAUGAAGGCAAGCAACAAAGUGUCUCUCAGAGAACCAAGCUCAAAAUCGGCGACGAUGAGUAUAUGGUGCCCAAGCUUAUUCUCGAUGUUGUCAAGAACAUUAGGGACUACAUUGUUAUCUCAUCGAUCUUCACAUCCAGGGCACCCACAAUCAAGGCCAAUGUUUUGACUUUCUUCAAGGUAAUGAACUCAAGAAUUUCACAGGCUAUCUUGAAUGCUGGUGCCACAAGAACAGCAGGCCUUAAGCAUAUCACUACAAAGCAUCUCGCUCUUUGCAUCCAAACAAUUGAAUUCGAUCACGCCUUCCUUAGUGCCGUUCAGCAUGUUUUUAAAAAUCAAGAGGAAGAGACUGAGCUAAAUCAACAAGGCGAGGACCUCACAUUUGCUAAGAUCAUUUCAAACUACAAAGACCACGAGAACGAGCUUUUUACCAAGCUCGUCCUGAUCAUGAAGGAUCGUACGAUGAAUCAUUGUAACUCCAUUGUGAAGAUUGACUGGUCAGAACCACUCAAACCUGGUCAACAAUGUCAUCAAUUUAUGGAGACUUUAGUGAAAGAGACCAGCACAGUCGCAAAGGUACUCUCGAAGUAUAUGCGCGAAACCGAAUGCUCCCUCAUUUUACUGCAAAUCUUCGAUAACUACAAGAAGUUGCUUUUGCAUUGUUUUUGCACUGAACUCCCGCAGUUCAAAGACUUUAAUGAAAAACACUCGCUUCUUAAGGAUAUUGACUAUUUCAGAGUGAAGCUUGGAGAGCUUCCAGGGUACGGCAACUCAGGUCAAGUCAUUUGGGAGAAUGUCAAUGCUCUUCCUACUGUUGAAGACGCAAGGAUGGAGGAGAUCAUGAGAAACAAUAUCGAGGGAGAGAGAGCCGAGGCAGCAAGAAAAUCUCUAGAAGUCAAUGGCAAGUCUGAUAAAAAUGGGGUAAGUUCUGCUCCGGAGAGUACCACCAAGGAAGAGACAAAUGAGAACACUCCACAGCCUCAAUCUGAUGAAGCAUCUAAGAAAACCGCAGAUACCUCCAACAUAAGCGGCGAGACUGAGCAAUCUACAAAUGCAACGAAACCGGAGGAGGAUCAAUUGGACAAGUCUCUGAAGAAUGCAGUUGGCGCAGUCCAAGAGAAGUCGGAAGAACCACUGGCCACAGAGGACAAGUUAACGGAAACUUCAGAGGAAAAAGACAUGACUGUCGAUAAGAUUGGGGGAGAAAACGAAACCAAUCCCAAGGAUGAUUCUGAAAAAGUAAACCAUGAGCUGAAUCAAGAGGUGAAUGAAACAAAAGAGGGUAUGGAGUCAAAUCAAAGUGAAAGCGAAGCCAAGGAUGAAACCAAGGAGGAAACCAAGGGAGAAGCGAAGGAAGAGCCCAAGGAAGUAUCCAAAGAAGAGCCGAAGGAAGAGCACACGGAUGAUCUGAAAGAGAAAGAGCAGGCUGGAACUGAGACUGAAGCUGAGACGAAAGGAGAAGCUAAUGAGGCGAAGGAUGAACUGAAGCAAGAUGUUGUCACUGACACUACCGAUGCGAAGAAGGAUGACUAG